CCGACGCGACGGUUGCUGACGGGCGCUUGAUAUAGACUGGAACUUUUGGAAAUUACACAGUAUUGAGUGGAAAAUGCAGAAUUCAAAGUUCCAGGAGUUUGAAACAGACUUAAAACGUAACCAAAAGAGUGCCGGGCAGAAACUUUCAACUUUUUUUUACAAUGAGGAAACUGGAGAGUUCAUGGGAAGAACAGCGGGAAGUUGGGGCAAAAUCCUCCUGUUCUACGUGAUAUUCUACGCGGCGCUGGCGGCGCUGUUCUCCGUGUGCAUGGCGACGUUCCUCCAGCACUACAUCAACCCGCGCGUGCCGCGGCUGCAGCAGGACUACGGCGUGAUCGGCACCAGCCCCGGCCUGGGCUUCCGCCCGCUGCCCGAGGACGUCCGCAGCACGCUCAUCUGGUACAAGGGCACCGGGUACGACAGCUACAGCUACUGGGAGGACCAGCUCAUUGAUUUUCUGUCGGUAUACAAGAAGAAGGGUCAGACGGCGGGCGCGGGACAGAACAUCUACAACUGCGACUUCCAGAACCCGCCGCCGCCGGGCAAGGUGUGCGACGUGGACAUCCGCGACUGGCACCCCUGCACGCAGGAGAACCACUUCUCCUUCCACAAGUCCUCGCCCUGCAUCUUCCUCAAGCUCAACAGAAUCUUCGGCUGGCGGCCCGAGUUUUACACCGGGGAGGACGAUCUGCCGCAGGACAUGCCGGUCGGCCUGCAGGAGCAGAUAAGGAACAUCACCAGCGAAAACAUUCAUCGUGGCAACAUGGUGUGGGUGUCGUGCCAGGGCGAGACGCCGGCGGACCGCGAGAACAUCGGGCCGCUGCGGUACAUCCCCCAGGCCGGCUUCCCCGGCUACUACUACCCCUACAACAACGCCGAGGGCUACCUCAGCCCCCUCGUCGCGGUGCACCUCCAGAGACCCAAGACGGGCAUAGUGAUCAACAUCGAGUGUCGCGCGUGGGCCCGCAACAUCAUGUACGACCGGAAGGAGAGGAUCGGCCUCGUGCACUUCGAAAUCAUGAUCGAGUAGACCUGUGACAUACGUUAUACAUACUUCAGUACCACUACUGUUACAGGAACAGUGGAUAUAUAGCUUGUCAAAAUAGAGUAGACGCUGUACACAAUUUUAAUACGUAAAAAAAAUUAAAACUUAUUAAAUCGAGAUAAAAAUUUGCAA